AUGGCGACCUCACAYCAACAAGGCGCCGUGUUCCCUCAAAGACAACCGUACGGCGCGUCAGCUAUCGGUCGAGGCGCGGGCACGAACGCCUUUGCCCCGACGCCUUUCAACCAGCCACAAAAUACCACCGGUGCAGGGAACUCACAGCAGCAAUUACACGCUCAACGCGUAGAGCGUGAGCGCGCCGAACGCGCCGAACAGGCGAGACUAGAAGCCGAAGCACGGGAUGCGCUGGAACGACUGAGCGAAGAGCAGAGAGAAGAGAUCAACGAGGCAUUCUCCCUCUUCGAUCUCGACAAAGACUCCCACAUCGACUACCACGAACUCAAAGUCGCGCUGAAAGCCCUGGGCUUUGAAGUCCCCAAAUCAGACCUAUUACAUAUACUACAAACGCAUGGAAUUCCCGCAUCCCAGCUCGCGGGUGCGAACCCUCCUCUGCCGCAACAUCAUCACCAAGCGACGUUUUCUGGUCCUUCGAGGCUACUGCUCUCACAUGCCAACUUCACAAACAUUGCUGCGCAGCGAAUCCUAGCGCGUAAUCCGAGAGAUGAGAUUCUUCGCGCCUUUGAGCUGUUUGAUGCGGAUAACAAGGGAAGGAUUGAGCUGCAGGAUUUGAGACGUGUAGCAAGAGAGCUUGGGGAGGGACUUCAGGAGGAGGAAUUAGCGGCCAUGAUUGAUGAGUUUGAUGUGAGAGGGGAGGGCGGGAUUGGAAGGGAGGAGUUUGUGGGCAUCUGUAUGGGUGCAUGA